GCAGGUGGGGGGCGUGGUCGCAGCAGCACACACUUGCACACCUGGUGGGGCAGGUAGAGGCGGUGGUGGCCGGAAACGGAAAUUGGAGCUCGCGAGAAACCCGGAAAAUACCGGAACCGACCCCCCCUUGGAGACUCUCGGGAUCGUUUGCGAAUCUUCUCAAUGACUUUCUCGUGAAGAAAUGCCUCAACCCCAGCUCCAUCCAAUGGCUAUUCCUCGUGCCCGGGGUUCCCCCCCAGCCCAUCUUCCUGCUCAGCGACAUAGCUCCCCUCCACAGAUGUCAAGUGUUCCAAGUCCCCGACGCAGGAGCCCUCCAGAAGACAUUACUUUCAUUUCAGGCUCUGCUGAAACGCCACCAGAAGAGCAACCAUGUUGUCCCCCACUCUCCCGUGCCUGGUCUGCAUACAAAUCUGUGCUCUGUUAUGUGGUGUCCUGCAGUUGUUGCCCACAGAAGGACCCUGAGGUGUAUCUUCCUUGUUCGGUGGAGGGUACAGACUGUCCGCCUGUGAAUGGGCACACUGCAAAUAGUCCUCGUAUUACCCGUUUGGGUGAAAGAAAAACAAACAUGGGUAACAGUUUUAGUUACCCAGAUCUUAAACUGAUGGGAGUACCUGUGUAUAACAGACAGCCUGGUGUCACAGAUAUAGAAACUGUAAAGGAGCCCCCUGCCCCAGUGCCACCACCAACGCUUCAUAGUUCUUCUGGGGAUUAUUACUCAUUGCGGGAGUCUGAUCCAGAGCUGUCCCGACUGAGCGGCUCCCUCUCCAGUGCAGAGAUUGAUGUGCUCAUCUGGCAUAAACUGACUGAGUUGUUUAGUCUCCAUCAGAUUGAUGAACUGGCAAGGUGUACAUCCGAUACAGUCUUCCUGGAGAAAAGCAGUAAAAUCACAGAGUUAAUUAGCAGUCUAACACAGGACUACCAACUGCAAGAACAAGAUGCUGAGUGCAGGCUAGUGAGAGGGAUCAUCCGCAUCAGUACUCGCAAGGUCCGACAACGUGGAACCUCCACCCGCGGUGGGGAAAAGGGUACAGGGCAACAGCAGAACAGCCGCAACGGAGGCAAAGCACCGGACAGUGGCAAUGAAAGCAUGCAAGAAUCUGGACUUACUAGCCAGGAUGAUCUGGAUGUGAAGAUUUCACAAGAAACGUCAUCAGAUCUCGUGGCUCGAAAUUUGAGGAGAUAUAGCGCCCCAGAAACACUUGCUCUCCCUUCCAGAAAGAUGACUCCCUACCAGAUACAGAGACAGACUCUUCAGGUACCCCUCUACUCAAAGUUUAUUGUUGAUUUCCUGGAAAGCAUCGUGCUGCAGCAUCUUCUGUCCAUUGGGUGGAGAGGAAUGUCAUGGUUUUCUUUUGGAUUAACCACUGGAGUAGUUACUGCUGAACAUUCUAACUAUUUUACACAUUGAAUACUGUUGGAUUCUUCAGGGGAAGAACUUUUUUCAGCCUUGCGCCAUUCGCAAUAUUGACAUUGGGGAUUAUACAUGAACAAUGUAUCCUUUUUCAGACUCCAGUGUUGGAACUUGUACUAUAUGUCAUUUAAAUGGUGAUCAUUUUUAAAAUGUAAUUUGUUCACUUGAACAUUUUGUAGGUCUCUCUUCAGUGCUUUAUGUUGCUUUCUUUUCCUAUCAUGUAACAUGAAAUGUGUUGGUUGUUUUAAAUGUUGUGACUGAUCUACACCUGUAUAUAAAAGAUAUAAAUAUGUAAUUAGGUGACCCAGCCUCUAAAAUAUAUAAUGUGAUUGGGGAAAAAGUAA